AUGGAGAUCGAUCUGUGCACCGUUACGGAAGGACCCAGCCCGAUAUUCGGACUCUCGGGAGAUGCUACUAUGACUCUCGGCUUGAUCGACCUCGUUGUUAAAGCCGGGAGCAUCAUCAAAGUCACGGAAUUCUUAGUCAUCGACCGCCCAACAUCGUACAACGCGAUCGUCGGUACUCCAUGGCUGAAUUCCAUGCGAGCGAUCCCUUCGACAUUCCAUCUGUGCCUUAAGUUUCCAACCCCUCGUGGAGUCGAAACUAUACAAGGAGACCGCAGGAUGUCGCAAGCAACGACUCCAAACAGCGAUAUAGUCCCUGAGUCCAUUGCCUUGCCAGCGGACAGCCCGACUCCUGAAACGGUCGCCGAUCCAACUGAAGCCCCAAUGGCUGAAGUAACCGGAACGAUCCCAUCCAGCGAGUAG